UGAAAAACAUCAUCCGUUUAAAAUUUGUUAAAUUUAACAAAGAGAAGAGAUUAAGUUAGGGCUCCGAUUGAAUCCUAAUACUGAAGAGAAUUCUACUAAUCAAAGUCUGAUAAAAGAUCGGAUAAUCCUAACUUUAUCUUUUACUGAAUUAUCCACAGUGGAAGCUUUGGAAACGGAUUCAAGAAGUAUAAAAGUGUAAAAAAACUGAUGCUGUACAAAGCGGAAGUUUUUGAAAAAAAUUAAUAAAAGAAAAUAAGGAAGCAGUUUAGAGAAAGACCAACAAUGUUUAAACUCUAAUAAAAAUCUAAACCAAUGAUUGAGAAAAAUAGAUACAAGAGACAACGACGUCGUUUUGAGGGGAGUAGGCAAAUCACAAUAUCCCGCAUACAUUGCAGUAGUAUCCAAACAUAAAUUGUACUGAACAUUAUUAAAUUAAGAAAACUUAUCAACGAAUUGCGAUAUACCUAUAAUUUGUAAAAGUUAUUUGCCGUUCUUAAUUCAGUCGUUCGUCAUACUAUUACCACUUGAAGGAAAGCGGCAAACCAAUGCCCAAGGAUAAUAAAUCAGGAGCACAGGAACGUCAAAAGAGUUUACUAUUUACAAACAGCCACAACAGCCAUUCGUCUAGCAGUUCUGCUAAUGGUGGUCGCUAUCGCAAAUUUUUUGUACGUGGCCGCACAACAGUGGGGGCACAGGGUUCAACUGCAGCCAACAGUAGCGCACGUGAGCAAUGCUGCACUCUAAAACCAUCGGUACAAUACGCUGGUGCGACAAGUAACAGCCUCCUAAACAGCGGAACUGUUUGCAGGGUAUCCGCUGACGUAAAUUCUAAGGAUCAAAAACUGUACGAGUUUCAACGGAAAUUUCCUCUUUGGCUGCCUGAAUACCAAACAAAUGCUUUCAAUGCCUCCAUGGAUGAAAAAUAUGUAGAAGCAAUUUGGGCAAGCUUAAAAAAUGCUAUACAGGAGAUACAGAAGAAAAAUAACUCUGGCCUAUCGUUUGAACAAUUAUACCGCAAUGCAUACAACAUGGUGCUUCAUAAGCAUGGCAAUCGUCUCUAUUAUGGAUUGCGUGAAGUGGUGUCCGAACAUUUAGAGCAUAAAGUUCGCCAGGAUGUGCUUGAAAGUUUACACAACAAUUUUCUUCCAAAGCUGAAUCAAGCGUGGAAUGACCACCAAACGUCCAUGGUGAUGAUACGUGAUAUUUUAAUGUACAUGGAUCGUGUUUAUGUACAGCAACGCGAAGUGGAUAACGUAUACAAUUUAGGCCUGAUAUUAUUCAGAGAUCAGAUUGUUCGUUAUACGGAGAUUCAAAAGGCUCUACGAGAAACAUUGCUAGGUAUGGUUAUGGACGAGAGGAGUGGGGAAGCCAUUAAUCAUUUAGCUAUUAAAAAUGCCUGUCAAAUGCUUAUGUCAUUGGGAAUCAAUACACGCUCCGUUUAUGAGGAUGAUUUUGAAAAACCGUUUCUUGCGCAAUCUGCAUCCUUUUACAAGUUCGAAUCGCAUAAAUUCCUUAACGAAAAUAAUGCUGGUGUUUACAUUAAAAAAGUUGAGGCCCGAAUACAAGAAGAAUCUGCUCGCGCAACAUUAUAUUUAGACAAAGAUACGGAACCGCGUAUAGUUAAAGUUGUUGAAGAUGAACUUAUUAAGAAACAUAUGCGUACCAUUGUUGAAAUGGAAAAUUCCGGUGUUGUUUACAUGAUUAAAAAUUCAAAAACAGAGGAUCUUGCAUGUACCUACAAACUAUUUUCUCGCCUAAAAGAGGAAGGUCUCAAAGUUAUUGCUGAUACUAUGUCUUCGUAUUUGCGCGAACAGGGCCGAAUAUUAGUAAAAGAAGAAGAAAAUGGCAAUACCAAUCCAAUAACUUUUGUACAGAAUUUGCUCGAUUUAAAAGAUCGGUUUGAUCGGUUUUUGCAUCAUUCUUUUAACAACGAUCGAUUAUUCAAAAACGUUAUUUCCGCAGACUUUGAGCAUUUUUUAAAUUUGAACCAAAAAUCUCCGGAAUAUCUUUCAUUAUUUAUAGACGAUAAACUUAAAAAAGGCGGCAAAGGUAUGAGCGAACAAGAAAUCGAAACAAUAUUGGAUAAAACAAUGGUUCUUUUCCGAUUUCUUUUGGAGAAGGAUGUUUUUGAGCGCUAUUAUAAAACACAUUUAGCCAAACGCCUGUUGCUAAAUAAAUCAGUCUCAGAUGAUUUCGAAAAAAAUAUGAUAUCAAAAUUAAAGACUGAGUGUGGAUGUCAAUUUACCUCAAAACUAGAAGGAAUGUUCAAGGAUAUGUCCGUGUCAAAUACCAUAAUGGAAGAAUUUAAGAACUAUGUAAAUAUUCACAAUUUAUCACUAUCGGGCGUUGAAUUAACAGUGCGAAUAUUAACUACUGGAUUUUGGCCUACUCAGACGGCAACACCUAACUGCAACAUACCAUCAGCGCCCCGUGAAGCAUUUGAAAUAUUCAAGAAGUUUUAUUUGGAUAAGCAUUCGGGCAGGCAGUUAACAUUACAACCACAAAUGGGCACCGCUUAUAUUAAUGCUGUGUUUUAUGGCCGCAAGGUUGAUAGUGAUAAAGAUAAAGACGGUCCCAGCUCAAGCAUGUCCUCCAGCACAAAUGGCUGCACGGCGCCAACAAAUACUCGUAAACACAUACUGCAAGUGUCAACGUAUCAGAUGUGUGUUUUAAUGCUGUUUAACAAUCGUGAUGUGCUAACUUAUGAGGACAUACAACAAGAAACUGAUAUCCCUGAACGUGAAUUGGUGCGCGCACUUCAGUCGCUGUCCAUGGGUAAACCUGCACAGCGAUUACUUGUGCGAAACUCAAAAACGAAGACAAAAGAUAUCGACCCCACAGAUGAGUUUUAUGUAAAUGAUGCAUUCGUUUCUAAAUUUCACAGGGUAAAAAUUCAAACAGUUGCCGCAAAAGGAGAGACUGAACCAGAACGCAAAGAAACGCGGGGUAAAGUAGACGAAGAUCGCAAACAUGAAAUUGAAGCAGCUAUUGUGCGAAUAAUGAAAGCAAGAAAACGUUUACCGCACAACUUGCUGGUUUCUGAUGUUACAUCACAGCUGAAGUCUCGAUUCUUACCCUCUCCUGUUUUUAUUAAAAAACGAAUAGAAGGCCUUAUCGAAAGGGAAUAUUUGGCUAGGACUCCCGAGGAUCGAAAAGUUUACAUUUAUUUGGCAUAAGCUCUCAUAACCUUAGUUCUAUUCUAAAAAGAAAGGCAGAAAGAAUAGCGAGAAAGGGUCUUAAAGCAAAGAAAUAGAAAAUCAUUGAUACUUAAUUAUAUUGCUGUAUAACAUCAUCGCUACAUAACAGAAAAACGCUAUCGAUACUUUUUAUAUUCACCUACUCGCCAUUUCUAAUUUGCGUAAAUUUUUGGGAUUCGUCUAUUACUAUCUAUAAUUUCCAUCUUUUGCACACCCAAAUUAUGCUCUUCACUAAUAUAUUUCACUUCUCAAUUUAUUAUUUUGACUUUUGCCUUAAAGCCUCUUUCUGCAAAAUUUCUCUGAGCUUUUUAUACCUUCCAACCUAAAAAAAAUGAUCUAAAUCCCUAUUGAAUACAAAAGUUUUUUUUUUAUAAUUGCGGUUGAUUCGUUUUUUUGUGUGCAAAUAUCACAAAUGUAAUUUUCGCGCCGAAUCUGUUGCGAGAAACUUGACAGUGGUUCUCUGGUUAACAUUGUGGGAUUGUGUGACAUCGAUCUAAUUAUCAAAUAAUGUGUAUAUUUUAUGUCUAAAUCCAAAAAUAAGUUAUUGGGUGGGCAUAGAAAGAAAUUACCACUCUAACCGAAGCGAUAAACAGUAUCAAUUUGAACAAGUCGAACCAGUCGACCACAUGAAAUCAAAGCCACCGCUCUCCAAAAUCUUAAUUUAUUUCAGUUAGUGGUGUUUUUAAAUCUGUUUUAUAAUAAUUAAAGGCAUUGAAAAAAAUAAAAUUUAAUCAGACCCGAAGAUACAGUACAUAUAAACAUACACAAAUUAAAAAAUAAAAUUAAAAAGAUUUUUAUUCGUCUCCGUUUCUUCCCUUCAAUCACACCAAUAGACUUGGGUUGCUUUACUAAAUGUGUGCACUGACUUAUUUCGCUGUCAUACACAUGACAUGUUUGAAAUGUGAAAUGAUUGAAUAAUGAUACACUUAAAUAUAACAAAAUACAAUAUAUUUUAA